AGUGUAUACAUAAUUACAUAGAGGCUACAAUGUGGGCGUAACACAGCACAACCCACUACACACAAAAAAAAAAAACAUAGUAAUUAUAAAAGCAAAAAGGAGAGAAAUAUUCAAAGAUGAAUACCAUAAAGUUUGUUGUACUUCUCUUGAUUGGAGUUGUGUGUGCGAGUGUUGGUGCAAUUAGGCAGCUCCAAGAAGGAUCCAAAGAGACCGAAUUAAACAUCUCUAUUCCCAAUACUGGCACUACCAACGGCGUUGGAGCUGAGCUUACUGUUAUUGUUUACAGCAGCGCUACCGGUUAUGGAAAUGGCAACGCUGAUGCUAAUAAGGAUCCCAAAGGUCCCAGAGGCAGUGGAAAUGGAACUGGCAUCGGCACUACUAGCGGAUAUGUCAUCGCGGAGGGUCCCAACGCAAAAGCUUAUUCUAGAAGUGUUGCUUACGGCCGAGGCCGUGGUCGUGCUGCAGCAGCUCCUAAUGGCGCCACCGGCAGUGGAGACGGUUCCGGAGGUGGCACCACAGUUGCUUAUGGCAGUACGGGGCCUCCACCGUGAGGUGAUCAUGAUCGUAGCUUCGCAAAUUUAUAUUAAUACUCUACAAACCCAACAAUCUCUUUUGUAUUCAUAAAUAAAACUAGAGAUUGUCGACACCUAUAUAAAUUAUAGAUGCUAAAAAAAAAAAUUAUAAAUGCUACUCUUUGUGUGUGAUGUCUAAUUUUAAAUAAAACAAAUACAAUAAUUACGACUUUAAUAAUC